UGGUAGGGAAAGGGGAAUGGGAUAGAGUUGAAAUUUUGUGAUAACAACUGAUAACCGCAACUUCGAAUUUCAGAAUUUGUGGUUAUAAAUUUGAGUUUUUGCUUUUUGAUCGUAAACUUAUAAAUAAACGUUAGAGGAUUGAACUUGAAUACUUUUUGGAGACUAGUUGAUUACACGAAGACUGCAAUAUUCUAGAUUUUUGGGUGUCCGAAUAAAUAGGAAACUAACGCAAAAUGGGUGAACGGAAAGGUACAAACAAGUAUUAUCCACCUGAUUAUGAUCCAAAGAUCGGAGGACUCAACAAAUUUCGAGGCACUCAUGCUUUGCGUGAGAGAGCCCGAAAAAUUCAUCUAGGAAUCAUCAUCGUACGUUUUGAAAUGCCCUAUAAUAUCUGGUGCGAAGGAUGUAAUAACCACAUUGGUAUGGGUGUAAGGUAUAAUGCAGAAAAAAAGAAAGUGGGAAUGUACUACUCGACUCCUGUUUAUCAAUUCCGGAUGAAGUGCCAUUUAUGUGAUAACCAUUUUGAAAUAAAGACCGAUCCAGGGAAUCUAGAUUACGUCGUUGUGAACGGAGCUCGUAGACAAGAAAAUCGAUGGGAUCCUACGCAGAAUGAACAAGUUGUACCUGAAACUCGAGAAACGAGUCGAAAACUUUUUGAUGACGCCAUGUUCAAAUUGGAACAUAAGAAUAAUGAUGCCAAUACGUCUAAAAAAUCAGCCGCAUCGUUAAAUAAACUACUGGAUAGACAGGAAUCCGUAUGGAAAGAUGAUUUCGCUGCUAAUUCGAUCUUACGAGCCAAACUAAGAGCGGGUAAGAAAGAACGUUUGGCGGUUGAAAACGCAAAUGCUGCGGUAUCAAAACGUUUAUCGAUAAAUAUCCCUUUGCUGGCUCAAAAUGAAGAAGAUAAUAAAUUAGCAUCUUUGUUAAUGUUGAAACAAAGUAUUCAAACACCAAAGACAAAAUCGGGGAAAAAUCGCUCAGAAAGUUAUGAUAAAUUUGAUGAAACAUCUGCGACAAAAUUUCAACCAUCUAGCUCAAAAACAAAACCAGUUUCCUCCCUGGUGUCGGACAUGUAUGGGUCAGAUUCCUCAUCCGAAUGAAAUGUUGUUGUACUUGUAACCAUAUUAGGAAAUGUUUCUCGUCUGACUUCUCGUACCGAGAGGUUUUCUUUUUGUAAUUGAUGGAUGCGGUUUUCCAGUUCGGAUAAGAAGAAAAAUGAAUGUGAAUGAAUGGAAGAUCCUCAGGUUUAUAUUUGUAAAUGUAAAUGGAAUAUCCUGAUUGAAUUCGAUCGUACAAUAUUACCAAAGAGACCUUUUUCAUGAAAAUAAUUUUCUCUCUUCUGUUGUAAUGGACGAUACCUAAUACGUAAUUUACUAUUCACAGUAAAUAAGUGAUUCAAAUUGAAAUAUACGUUUUAAUGAACAUA